AGCACAACAGCAGCUACUUACGAUUGCCUGCUAUAGCAGAAACCCAACAUGGGUUCUCUACGCAGGGUUUCAAAAGCCCUAAAAUCACCAAAAUGUCUGUUUCUGCUACAAUCAUAUUCAAAAUUCAGGCCAAUCUAUCGUUCGGAACUAACGCGUGCCUUUUGCUCCAAUUCGCGCCAUAACAGUAAGGAGAACAGCAUAGAUUUGAGCCAGUAUCCAGCUGAGAGAAUUAGAAACUUCUCCAUAAUCGCACAUGUCGACCAUGGCAAGUCAACGCUCGCUGACCGGCUUCUGGAGCUCACUGGAACAAUAAAAAAAGGCCAUGGCCAGCCUCAGUACCUUGAUAAAUUGCAGGUAGAGAGAGAAAGGGGAAUAACUGUUAAAGCUCAAACAGCUACCAUGUUCCACAAGUACAAGUUUAAUGGCCUGAAUGUUGGUGAUGCACAUGAACCUCCAACGUUUCUGCUAAAUCUAAUUGAUACGCCAGGUCAUGUCGAUUUCAGCUAUGAAGUAUCAAGAUCCUUAGCAGCAUGCCAAGGUGCCCUUUUGGUUGUUGAUGCUGCCCAAGGCGUUCAGGCACAAACUGUAGCUAACUUCUAUUUGGCUUUUGAAUCAAAUCUGACAAUAAUUCCUGUCAUCAACAAAAUAGACCAACCAACUGCUGAUCCUGAUCGUGUUAAAGCUCAAUUAAAAUCAAUGUUUGAUCUUGAACCUAAUGAUUGCCUUUUGACAUCUGCCAAAACAGGGCAGGGUCUUGAGCAAGUCCUUCCUGCAGUCAUAGACCGGAUACCUCCUCCUCCUGGGGAUAGUAAUGCACCACUGCGUAUGCUUUUGCUGGACUCCUAUUAUGAUGAAUACAAGGGGGUAAUCUGCCAUGUUGCAGUUGUAGAUGGCACACUGCGGAAGGGAGAUAAGAUUUCAUCUGCAGCAACUGGCCAAGGAUAUGAGGUUCUGGAUGUUGGUUUCAUGCAUCCUGAACUGACACGAACUGGAGUUCUUCUAACUGGACAAGUUGGAUAUAUGGUAAGUGGCAUGAGAUCAACCAAAGAAGCACGUGUUGGAGACACUCUAUAUAAUAGCCGAAGCAUUGUAGAACCUCUGCCAGGUUUUAAGCCUGCAAAACAUAUGGUGUUCUCGGGUCUUUAUCCAGCUGAUGGAUCCGAUUUUGAUGCGCUUAACCAUGCAAUAGAGAGAUUGACAUGCAAUGAUGCCAGCGUGUCUGUUACUAAAGAGAGUAGUUCUGCACUUGGUCUGGGUUUUAGGUGUGGUUUCUUAGGCUUACUUCACAUGGAUGUAUUUCAUCAGCGGCUUGAACAGGAGUAUGGAGCUCAUGUUAUUUCCACAGUUCCAACUGUUCCAUAUAUUUUUGAGUAUUCUGAUGGAAGCAAAGUACAAGUUCAGAAUCCUGCUGCGUUGCCUUCAAAUCCUAAGAAGCGAGUUACAGCUAGUUGGGAACCUACAGUCAUAGCUACAAUUAUCAUCCCUAGUGAGUAUGUGGGGCCCGUCAUUACCCUAUGUUCUGACAGGAGAGGGCAGCAAUUGGAGUAUUCAUUUAUCGACAGCCAACGAGCCUUUAUGAAGUAUUGUCUACCUUUGAGGGAAAUUGUUGUCGAUUUUUACAAUGAGUUGAAGAGUAUAACAUCAGGAUAUGCAUCAUUUGACUAUGAAGAUUCAGAAUAUCAAGAAGCUGAUUUGGUUAAACUUGAUAUCCUCUUAAAUGGACAACCAGUUGAUGCUAUGGCAACCAUUGUUCACAAUUUGAAGGCUCAACGAGUUGGUCGUGAGCUGGUGGAGAAGCUGAAGAAGUUCAUUGAUAGGCAAAUGUUUGAGAUAACUAUACAAGCAGCUAUUGGAGCAAAGAUUAUUGCAAGAGAAACUAUUUCGGCUAUGAGAAAGAAUGUUCUUGCAAAGUGUUAUGGUGGGGAUGUUACUCGGAAAAGGAAGCUUUUGGAAAAACAAAAGGAAGGCAAGAAGCGAAUGAAGCGUGUUGGCUCUGUUGAUAUACCACAGGAGGCUUUCCAUGAACUGUUGAAAGUGUCAUAGAGACAUGUCUAAUUGACCAUAUUUAUGGCAAUGUUGUUUUGUAUCAUAGAAAGCAACCUUUAAUUUUUAUUUUUGACCACCGUUCAUCCGUGAAUUUUCACGGGAUGCAACUCUUGUUGGAGACUAAAGAAGGAGCAAAUCGAAGUGAAGACUAGGAAAUACCAAAAGCGAUAAAUUGAUUCUGCCCUUCUAUCUAAUGUAUCAAUGGAGGUUGUUUUGUAAGGAAAAAAUAAUUCUAGCAGAAUCAAUCAUUUUUGUUUCUUUUUCUGCCUGAAAAAUAGUGGUUUUCCAUGUUAUCCAUGCAUAAUAAGUUCCAUGCAAUAAAUUUGAAAUCAUUAGUUAGUGAGGUCGAGGCAA